AAGAGAGUGUGUGAUAAUUGGUUGUAUGUCAACAAAAGACCGGCCUGGCUUCAAUUCAUUAGAAUAUUAGCUCAGUCCCAGCCACAAUGGCCGGGGUACAGUAUUACUAUCAAGAAGAACUCAGCAGUAGUCGUCUACCUGCAGUACCUCAAGCAGCAGCAAGACCAUCAUCUUCUAAACUAAAGACUCCUCCAGUACCUCCUCCUCCUCCUGCUGGCUCCAGACCCAGUCCUACUAGUACCACUGGGUCUGCUACUAGUGGAGGGACUAGCUGCACCUCUACUGCCACUGGUGCUGUGUUUUCAACUGAUAUCAUUGUCACUACUCUCAUUCUGUUCUUCAUUCCACACCAUUUCUACAUUUACUAUACAAUAAAAGCACUCCUCCUGUUUCCCCUCCGCUGGUCUGUCUCCAUAAAGGACUCCAGGAAGCAUUACUUCAUUUUUGAAUUCUGUGCAUACACUCACUACCUCAAUCUGUUCUACCUCUGGUCUCCAUGGAAACCCACCGGGAUGUUCCCCUCCUUGUUCCUCUUUGCUAACGGUCCUGUCCUCUGUACAGUGUUCUUCCUGGGGAAUGGGUUCAUUCUUCACUCCAUUGAGAACAUGUGUAGUCUCUUUACUCAUUCAUCAGGAGCACUACUAAUGUGGAGCAUGAAGUGGUAUCCCACUACAGGAGGAGUGACUAGUAAUGAUGUAGAGUUAGACAGUAGCUAUGAGUCAUUGUUGAGGAACUGGAGAGAGAUCAUGAUGACCAGUUCACUGUACUACCUCAUCUGGGCCAUCUGCUACUCACUGAUUGUUCUUAAAUUGCUGGAGAAGAGGAUCAUUCGUUACGACAGUGAGACAAGCUUUAGAUGCUUGGUUCAAAUACAAAGAGACGGAUUAAUAUCAAAACUAUGUCACAUUCAUGGAGAAAGAUACUCCAAACUUUAUUACAUAAUCUUCCAUUACACAGUAACUGUAGCCUGUAUGACUGGGGCCUUCCUCUCUUACUACUGGAAAUUGUAUCACUUCAUUUUACUGACUUCAUUUCUACUGCUUGCUCUUUGUAAUGGAGCGAAAUAUUACUUAAAAUAAUUUUAUUAAUUAAUAUUAAUUUUAUUGACAUUAACAUUAUGAGCUUAUUGAAUGACAUCAGUGAAUUAAA